GCCCCUCCUCGUCUGUGCUGCGUGGAGCCCUGCCACCCUCCUCCACAUCCGGCCUGCGUGAAGCUGCGACGCCCCUCUCCUCCACGACCGGGCUGCGCGCGCCGAGCCCCGCCUACCCUCUCCUCCACGCUCAUGGCUGCGCGCGCAGAUCUGAUUCCCUGGUUGUGAAGAACUGUAACAAUCAAACGAUUGUUGAGCUGAAGUAGAAGAUUUUAUUUCUGAAAGCUGUUUCAUAUCCCACAAUAAGUUGCAUGGAUAAAUCGUGGAUCGACAAUGAGGCUAGGGAGACAAAGGCCUAUAUACAAGGGGUGAACAGUUUUCUAGCUUUUGCAUUUAGAAAUUCCGCAGUUGGGUGCAAGAUAUUAUGUCCAUGUAGGAAGUGUGUUAAUUCCUUUUGGAGAGAGGCUAGUGAUGUGCGAGAACACUUGAUAUGUGAUGGAUUUCUAAAAGGAUACAGAAUAUGGACUUUACAUGGAGAAGCUAGCUCCUCUUUUACGAACCAUGGUAGUUAUGAUGUUCCUGAUUUCAUUGAGCAGCCUAGUGAAGAUGAUGAGAUAUCAGACUUGCUUAGGGACUUAGCUUGUGGUUUAGAUGACAGAGGUGAUAUGGAAGAUGACGGAUCUUUUGAGCCACCUAAUAAAGAUGAAACAACUAUUCAUAAGCUAGCAGCGGAUAAUAGUAAAGAAUUGUACCUAGGUUCCAAGUACUCAAAGCUACGUUUUCUAGUUCGGUUACUUCACAUCAAACUUCUUGGAGGUUGGACCGAUAGAAGUUUUAACUUGCUGGUAGAUUUACUUGCUGAUGCCCUACCUACAGGUUCAGAACUUCCUAAAAACUUUCAUGAAGCUAAGAAAUUGGUGAAAUCUGUUGGAAUUGGGUACAAUACUAUUCAUGCAUGUGAAAACAAUUGCCUUCUCUUUUGGAAGGAGAAUGAAAAACUGAAUUCAUGUCCAAAAUGUGGUGUCUCACGUUGGAAAUCAGAAAAGAAGAGUCUAGAUGGAAAACGUGAGUACAAGGUUCCUAGAAAAGUUCUUCGCUAUUUUCCUAUUAAGAAAAGACUCCAAAGAUUGUUUGUAUCCUCUAGAACUGCAAGUCUCACUAGGUGGCAUGCUGAACGACGAAUAAAAGAUGGUUUGCUUAGACAUCCUGCCGAUUCCAUUUUGUGGAAGGAUUUUGAUCAGAAGUAUCCAGAAUUCGCCGCUGAUAGUCGUAAUAUCCGUCUAUCAUUUGCUACUGAUGGGUUCAAUCCAUAUAGGACUAUGAAUGUUAGUUACAGUAUUUGGCCUGGCAUUUUGAUUCCAUUCAACUUUCCACCUUCAAUGUGCAUGAAGGAUUCAAAUUUCAUCUUGUCUGUGUUAAUUCCUGGUCGAUCCUCUGUUGGCAAUGAUAUGGAUGUCUAUUUUCAGCCACUUGUUUAUGAUCUACUUGAUAUGUUUGUUAAUGGCGUGAGAACCUAUGACGCUUCAAAGGGCGAAUACUUUCAAUUGCGUGCUGCAAUACUUUGGACCAUCACUGAUUACCCGGGUAUAGGCAGCGUGUCUGGGUUUGUUACAUCUAGUGAGGCAGCGUGUCCUGAUUGCCACUCUUUGAUCUGUUCCCUUAGACUUGGAAAUGGUAGCAAGACUUGUUACAUGGGACACCGCAGGUUCUUGCAUCCAGACCAUCCAUUUAGAUUUGACACUCAUUCCUUCGGUGCCCAAACUGAGUUGAGACCAGCACCUCUUCCUCUGUCAGGAGAGCAAAUUUUGGAAUGCACUGAAAAUCUAGAAACAGUUUAUGGCAAGAAAUCAUCUGGUAAGGCAACAAGGAAAAAACGGAAGGAAGGGGAACCAUUAGUCUUUCUGAAAAUAAAACCUAUUUGGUUCCUUCUUCCAUAUUGGAAGGACUUGAUAUUUCGAUAUAAUUUUGAUGCCAUGCACAUUGAAAAAAAUGUGUGUGACAACAUAAUUAAUACUUUAUUGGACAUAGCAGGAAAAUCUAAGGAUAAUUUGAAUGCUCGCUUGGAUCUUAAAGUUUUAGGUAUUAGAGAUGACCUUCACCCGGUUGAGCUAGAAGAUAAUCAAUAUUAUUUACCUCCUGCACCCUACUCAAUGAGUCCUGGUGAGAAGAAACUAUUUUGUCGAGUGUUAAAAGAGGUGAAGUUUCCUGAUGGCUAUGCAGCUGAUAUACGACAUAAUGUUAUUGUUAAGGAUAAAAAGAUAACUGGCCUUAACAGCCACGGUAGCCAUAUUCUUCUGCAAGACUUAUUACCACUUGUCGUGAGAAGAGUUCUCCCUACUGAAGUGUGUGUUGUUUUGGUUCGUUUAAGCAACUUUUUCAAGAAACUGUAUUCCCCUAUUCUUCGAGUAAGUGACAUGCAGCUGCUACAAUCUGAAAUAGCUGAAAUCUUGAGCCUUUUAGAGACUAUUUUUCCUCCAUCAUUUUUCACUAUAAAUGUACAUUUGAUGGUACAUCUGCCUGUCCAAGCAAGAAUGGCUGGUCCAGUCCACUUUCGCAGCAUGUGGCCAGUGGAGAGGUAUCUUAAGAAAUUGAAAGGCUAUGUUCGUACCAAAAGUCAUCCGGAGGGAUCAAUUAUGGAGGGUUCUAUGUUUGAUGAAGCUCUCACUUUUUGCUCUCGGUAUUUACAAGAUGAGACUCACUUUAACCAAAGGGUUGGAAAUCAUGAUAGGCUGCAACCUGAAAUCAAUGUUACAACUCCGUUCUUUCACAAUGUUGGUCGAGCAUUGGCAGGAAAAUGCAUUGUAAAUCUAGAUUACAAGACCUGGCUUCAAGCACAUAGAUAUGUCCUUUUCAACUAUCCUAAUAUAGAACCAUACUUAAACAAGCAUGCUCUUUACCUCUCCACCAUUGGGGUUCGAAAUAAACGUGAGAUCACCUGCAUGCAUCAUAAAACCUUUCAUGAGUGGUUUAGAUUGCAUGUUGAGGAAAUGUGUGAGGAAGCUCUAGAGGAGAUCAAAAUUUUAGCUAAGGGGCCCAUGAUGAUCGCACAUCAGUAUAACAGCUAUACAAUAAACGGCUUCAACUUCCAUACACAAUCAUAUGAUGAGAAUAGGUCUGUCCAAAGUAGCGGGGUAGCUCUAGUUUGUGAGACAACACGUUUUGAGAGCGGGAAUAAUGAUAGCCACGUAUUGAGGAAAAACAUCUAUUAUGGUAUCAUAAAAGAAAUUAUUGAAUUGAAUUAUCAUCACAAAGGGAAUGUUACACUAUUUAAGUGUGAUUGGGUUGACAACCGUGUGCACAACAAAUGGGUUAGAACAGAUCAAUUAGGGAUCACCACAGUUAAUUUCAAGCACUUAUUCAAUACGGGUAAAAAGAUAUCGGAUGAGCCUUUCAUUUUAGCAUCUCAGGCAUCUCAAGUUUUCUAUGUUGCUGAUCCAAUUGAUAGUGAAUGGUCUGUUGUCGUACAACCAAAAUCUUGUGAUUUGUUCAGAAGCGAUGAGGCUGAGAAUGAAAUCAUUGAUGAUGGUAAUGAUGUAGUUAUGUUAGUCCCUGAUCUAAACCCAAAUGUAUCCGCUUGUGUGGCUGCUGGAUGUGUCCCAUCUAUGAGAACAGAUAUAGAUGGUGUGAUUGUUAGUGGAAUAAAACAUGGGAAAAAAUCUAAAAAGAAAAAUGGCAAGCGCAAGAGGAAACAAUAAGGGUGGCUCAUAUAAUGAGUAUGAGCAACAAAAGCUUGAAAAUAUUGAAAGGAACAAAAGGAGGUUAGAAGAAUUCAACAUCCCUGCAAUCAUCAACUCUUUGGGGCAGCAACAAAAUCGAUCUAGGAAAACUUCAAAGAAAGUUCAGAACAGAAAUAUUGUAUCAACUGAACGUCCAAACUUGCGACCAAGACUACAAAGAAACAAUUGUCAGUUUGAUGAAGAACAUGUGCUUGCUGAUUUGGAGCCAGUAGGAGAUUUCCUUAGUAACAAUGAAGACCUACAGAUUGGUGACCAAAGCAAUGGUACAGUGAGAAAGAAAGGAAGGGGAAUAACGAAGAAAGAUGACAUAUUCUCAAGGACACCAGAUAUGCCUAAACUCAAAAUAUCUCUUAAUGAUUAUGGACAGCCAAUUGGUGAAAACGCUAGGCAACUUUCAAGUGUUAUCGGGUGUCAAGUUAGAAAGAAGAUAUCAAUUGCUUGUGUAGAUUGGAGGCUUGUUGAUGUUAAAAAGAAGUACGAGCUGUGGACUGAAAUAAAGUCAUACUUUGAUAUUGAUGACGCUGCCUUAAAUUGGGUUACACGCACUGCUGGGAGGAAAUGGAAAGAAUUUAAGGCAAAUAUCAAGGAGCUGUAUUUUGAUCCUGAGCUGACUAUAGAUGAUGUUGGGGAAUGUCCAGACAAAAGAAUUAGUGAUGAUGAUUGGAAAUUUCUCUAUAACUAUUGGAAGACUUCUGAAUUUCAGACUCUCUCGAAAGUGGGAAAAGCAAACCGGCAAAAACUGCAGCUGCACCAUACUACUGGAAGUGUGAGCUAUGCUUGCUCACAACAUAAAUUGGCUGUCAAACUAGGACGUCCCCCACGAAGAGAUGAAACUUUUAUCAAAACCCAUACAAGGAAAAAUGGUGUUCCUUCAACCUCUGCAGAGCCAAUAAUGGCGAAACUUAAAGAUCUUAUUGAAAUCUACCCAGAGUUGAAAGAGCGGACAAUUCAGGAAGGUGAUGCAUAUGCUAUUCUUUGUGGACUGAAAGAGCCAAAAGGAUAUGUCCGUCUUAUGGGUCUAGGCCCGACUCCUCAAGAUGUUGGUACUCCAGGAUUAAAGUGUUAUGCACCAACAAGACUUCAAAUGGAGGUUAUGGCUCGAAAGAAAGCUGAAAGUGACAGGGAUGCUCUAGAGCAACGUGUUUUUGAGUUGCAGGCUCAAAUGGAGCAAAGGGCACAACAAGAUAGGGCAAGUCCCAUGUCACAACACGGUUCCACAUCACGUCUACAUUUGGAUGCAAGGUUGAAUGAAACUGGUGAUGCUGGACUAGAUGAAGGGGAGGAAGAUUAUGUUUCUGAAGAUGAUGUUGAUGACAACUUACAUGACCAGGUGCAUGGUUUAACCUCAUCAAGAACAACAGCACACAAAAAAGAACCGCACCAAGGAGUAAUGAAACUUCUCGCUCUCAACAUGAUGCUCUUGUUGGAAAAGAUGUCAUAUUAUAUGCCUUGUUGAGAUCAGAUCAACCUGUGGCUAAAGGAACAAUAAUUUCAACUAAACCAAACACUAUUCUUGCGGGCCAGUCCCUUGGGAGACAAUGUUGUGAAGUUAUUGUGUCUUGUGUGUUGAAAAGAGAUGCACAUUUGCCUCGUCCCUAUGCCAAUAUGGAAACUAUGGGUGAUGCCAACAAGAUGUCAAUUGCAUGGCCAUACAAUAGACUAAAGAUUACCAACAAGGCAUCAACACCACCUGCAGUUUGAGGUAAUGCAUGGUGUAAAAAGCUAGCUACUUGAGGACAAGCUGACAUGCUUCGAGGACAAGCUGACAUGCUUCUUUUGGUUUCAAGUUCUUUUGUGGGCAACUUUGUAUCUAAUAGUCAUGCAAUGUUGCGCAGAUCGAAUAGGCAUGAUGGAAAGCUUUUGUAAUGUCUAACCCAUAUACUGUCUCUGAUGACCAAUUGGGUAUAUUUAGGAAUAUUUGUAGCUUAUGACUACAACUCAAUUGUGGAUGUUUAAGUGCUGCCGAUGAAUCUAUGAUUAUUUGAACCUUGUGACUCAUUCAAUCUA